AUGAAAACCAUGAAACCGAAUUUACACUUGAAUCUCAACCGGAACAAGAGCUCCUCCUACUUGGACCCUAAUGGGCCACCUUCUGCACCAGGCGGUUGUGUUACACCAAUUACCCCAUCUGGAUAUUGCACGCCUGUCAACACGAACUUUCCAUCCAUUCUGCAACUCGAAAGACCUUCGUUUCCAGGAAUUUCACGAAGCAGUUCUCUGUGCUCAUCGACUUCAGACUUAGGGCAUGAUCUCAACAAGUCUACUGGUUCGGAUCCAACACAGCACCUGUCUCCAAUCUAUCAGUGCAAUAGUGUUGGAUCCAUGGCUUCAUCAAUUGGAGGUGGUCAGACCGCCAGCCCUGUUAAUAUGAGCAGUUAUGACUUCACUCCAGCCUUUGACGAGGCGUUAAUGGAGCUUUAUCAUGCUUAUGCGAACGCACCAAGUGUCACGCCGUUUAAUAUGAAUUUCCCACCUUCUGGUGUGUGCUCAAAGAUCUCAAAGCAAAUGUAUAUUGCCCUUCUGCAUAACCAGGAUCUCAAGAUUGACGUUUCCGCACAGAAAAGUGACGACCUCAUGCUUGAGGCAAACAGAAUAAACUGUCUAGCUGUGAUACGAAGAAGACUUUUGGAGCUCAGCAACUCCAAUGCGGACCGGACCAUCCAGAUUGCGUCCAGAAACGAUUCGUCAGUUUCUCUAACGACUCCAACUACACCUUUCCAGCCUCUGAUCCACAGACCUUCGUGGUUGCACCAAAAUUUGGCAUUUAAUGCCGCCCGAAUCUCUUCCACGGAUUCUCUAGUUGACUCAGUCCAGCUACCAGCAGAUGCUGCUACCAAUCAACAGCAAAUUUCUGCUCCAUCGUCCUCACAGCAGUACCGAAGCCACUCUUUGUCGCCAUUCGCACCUCCUUACACCAGAAAGCAGCUGCACUCGCCUCACGAGAUGAUGACACCUCCUUCUUCGUCCAGAAAACUAAGCAGUGGCUCGCCGUUGGCACCGUUGUUUCCUAAUGUGUGCAGUAACGGCUCCCCUCGCCUUAAUAGCCACAGUUCAACGAGUAAAGGCGGUGCGGAGCAAGAUUUCCAGUCUGAUGUUUUCACAUUUGAGACUUACAAGCCACUCCAAAGUCCGUUCAAGCAGAAUUUCUCGCCAAACAAGGUGAGGGCCCGGAGAUCCGGUUCUAGAAGUUCGUUAUCGAGUCCUCUUGCCACAAUGAGCAGUGCGAAUGAGUCGGAUAUGGCUUCAUCAGAUUCGUUGUUCAACAUCACGGCUCAGAGGAAAAGAGACAGUUUGAACAUGAAGCGGAAUAUGAUGUAG